AUGGAUACAUUACAGAAGGCAGUGGAUUUCUGCAUCCGCCACCAGACCACUCUGAGUUUCAGCAUCGUGUCCCUGCUGACGGCUGCCAGCGAGCGCGUCUUCUCAUAUGUAGUGUUCAAGUGUCCCUGCAACUCUGAGAACCUGGUGUAUGGCUAUUCCUUCCUCUUAGCACCUGCCUUUGUCCUCUUGCUGCUCGGCUACAUGAUGAACGCCAGGACAUGGCGCCUCUUUACAGGCAUGUGCUCUCCAGAGAAGCAUCCCCAAUACUGUUCCUGGCGAACCUGGGCCCACUUCUGCCAGCUGUUUGUGCCAAUGACAGCCAAGGCCUCGGUGGCCCCGCUCACCUGGAUAGCGGUGGCCCUGCUCGGAGCCAACUUCUACGAGUGUGCGGCCAGUGGGAGCAACAUGACAGCACAACUCUUCUGUAAAAAUAAAGGAAAUUACAGCCAAGAGCAGCUGUACAAAAUGCCCUGUGAUGAGGAGUUAGCAGCAGCGAUGUCAAGUGUAUGCCUCAGCUUUCAUGCACAGUCCCAGCUGAUAGGAUGGUUCCUGAUAGUCACCAUCAUGGCUCUGGCACUGAUUUCAACAUGUGUCACCCACUGCUUCUCCCCUGUCAGCUACCUUCAGUUCAAAUUCUGGAAAAUUUAUUCAAGAAAAGAACAUAAACUCUUUGAGACCAAAGCCAAAGAGCAUGCAAACAAGCUAGCAGAAAGAAAUACAAAUUGCUUUUUUGAAGCCACUGACCCAGCACCAUUUCCUACUCCCAGCAACGAAGACUGGCAGAAGGUUUCAGUCUCGUACACCUUUAAUUCACAAUCGCAGUAUUACAGUGUGUUACACAAGUAUGUGAACACCAACAGAGGCAACGACGCUGAAUUCCAGGAAGAAGGUCAGGAUCUCAAUGUUAUUGAAUUUGUGGAUGAAGCCCAGCCAAGCGUUUCAGGGUUGUAAUGAGACAAAUCCUUUGCCAUGCUAGCAGUCUUUUAGCCUACUGAUAUAAGAAGAGUCUUAUUCUCUGGUCUUACUGAAAUCUAUGCAAGCUGAAAGUGAAAGCUAAUAGUUGUAAUCCUCAGUAGAUUUACUUUUUGCUUAAGUACAUUUAAAAGGCAGUUUUCUUAUGUUGCUGUCCAUUGAGAAGAGUUGUAUGUAAAAUAAUCAGCAUCCACAAAGGUAUCAGCACAUGUUAUGUCAAAUUAUUACCGAUACCUUAAAAACACUUGAGAGGUGGAGUGACAAUACCAAACCUUAUCAAAGAGACAAAGACAGGAAUGGAAGAUUUGAUCAGAAAUUCAGCUUAGUUUUUUAGCUCUUUCUUUAAAAUGAAGCUUUCAGUGAAGCUUAGAUCAAGCUGUAGAUUAAAAAACUAAGCUUGUCUUGAGGGGUUAGGCUCAUGCAUAACAUGGU